UGUUUAAACUUGGCUGAAUUGUGUGCUGUUUCGCGAGAGAUUGGAAUAUAUUUUGGUUUUAUGGUAGCUUUAUGGAAUUAUAAAUGUGCGUCCUGUGUCCUGGAAGGCAGUUCAAGUGUUCUUACGUUUUAGCAAAGGAAAUCAACGCUUGAGCACAUCUGUAUUCGAAUGAGUGUUCCGUUUAAAGUUCCUGCCAAUCCGAGGACUGCAUCCCGCUACAAUGGACCUGUUCCAUCAACCACGACCAAGUCUGGCGUGUCCAGGUUUGAAAACCCACAUCAACGUAGAACAUUUCCACCGGAUAUCCGCGAUACAAAACAGGAUGUGGUACCUCCUGAGAAAACGGCCACCCGCAGCCUAAUGGAUAUGGACGAUACUUUGUUGGGCGGGGUGGACUUCAACGAGAUAGAGCAGCAUGCCCAUUCCCGGUCCAAGAGUAGACGCCUUAUUAAUCCGGCAGAUGGCCAGAAGUCUGUUUUAUCAGAAGAACAUUUACAACCACACAAUUGUUACGAGUCCCCGAAACGGAAAGUAGCCAGACAGAAUGAACCGGAGAACAGAUUCCAAAUGCAAUCACCAAAGUUGACUUUCACCCAGCAGCUGCUUAGACGAAGCAGUCAAAAGCCGUCCGCACCUAUCAUGGUUUCAAGGGAACCAACAACAGUUGAUCCUUUCGGUUGGGAUUCGCAAAUAUUCUCGCUCUCGGAGAUCCAACAACUGGAAACUAGAGAUUUCCCAGAAGGGACUGCUUCUAAACAGCAUUCUAAUGUUAAUGUAUUCAAUAUGGAUCAAGACAAUGCCAAAGAACCGGAACCGGACGAUGACGCCUUCCCGUGCUAUCAGCUAUCCAACGACGAAGAUUUCCUCAACUGUAGUCAGCUUUUGCUGGACGAAGCAGAUCGAUUGGGAAGCAAACAUGUCACUCGAUUCGAAACGACUCUGAAAAGUGGGGACUCCUCUUUUUCGAUCGUUCAGAACAAUGUCAUCGGUUCCCAGUACAUUCGGAUGGAACGAAGCAUGUUGGAGGAAAAUGCGGCCAAUCUGGUCGACGAUCAACUGGACAGUCAGUUGAUUCGGGAAUUCGAUUGCCCCAGCCAGCAUCGGCGGGAAAUUGACAAUGUGUUUGACCAAUUCGAGCGAACCCUUACGGAUGUUAGCAACAUUCAACAGGACGCUGUCGAGAAUCGAAACGGGGAAAUGGUUCCCUCUCAAGUUGUCGCGAAUAUCGAUUGGGAAGAGGAUGUUACGAUAGCUGGGCCAAAGCUGUCGGCAAGUUCCAAUCGUUCAAUGCUGAAAACAAUUUUCAAUAAAAAAGCGGAAGAAGCCCGAAAGGCAGCCAUCGAACGGCCUGUGGAAUCACCCAAAAGAGUAGCGCGUAAAUCUGCUCCACUUGUUUCGUCUUAUUUCAAAGACAAAGGACCGUUUUUCGGAUUGCCCUUGCAAAUCAAACAGCUGUUGACGGAAUAUCGAGGAAUAACUGAAAUGUAUGGCUGGCAGAAAGAGUGCCUCGGACUUCCAGCCAUCGUCGAACGGAACAAUCUGAUCUACGCGCUUCCAACCAGCGGAGGCAAAACUCUGGUUGCCGAAAUCAUCAUGUUCCGGGAAGUAUUGCUGCGGUCCCGGAAUGCCAUGUUUAUCGUUCCGUACGUUUCGCUAGCCCAGGAAAAACUUGCCGCACUGUCCCCAUUUGCCGUCACGAUGGGCUUCCUCGUCGAGGAAUACAGUGGCGGAAAGGGGGUCAUUCCGCCUAGGAAGCGUCGCAAAAAGAAUUCCAUUUUUGUGUGUACGAUUGAGAAGGCUUUGGUGCUGCUGGACAGUUUGAUCGAAGCUGAUCGGGCCAACGAAAUCGGGCUAGUGGUGAUCGACGAGCUGCACAUGAUCGGAGGUGAUCGACGGGGUGUCAAUUUGGAAAUUCUCAUCACCAAGAUUCAAGCCAUCCAAGCGGGUAUUCAGAUAGUGGGGAUGAGUGCGACCAUUGGAAAUCUGGACGAAAUUGCUAAGUUCAUGACGGCAGACAUCUACUGUCGAGAUUUCAGACCGGUUGAACUAAAAGAGUACGUCAAGUGUGGCACUGAUCUGUUGGAGAUAAACAAUGGUGCAAGGAAACUAGAAGACGCCUUUCGAAGUAAGCAAACGCUGGACUUUGGCUACUCGGAGGCACAACGACGCAUAGAUCCAGAUCAUUUGAUAGGACUUGUGGUUGAGGUUGUGCCGAGUGGAUCGUGCUUGAUAUUUUGUCCCACCAAGCGGCAGUGCGAGCAGCUGUGUGCCCUUCUGACGGAGCAUCUGCCCCGGGAGCUGACGUUGCAUCGAGCCGCCGAGAAGGAAGAGCUGAUCAAAUCGCUUCAGGCGGACGGAUCCCUUGCGCCGCUUCUUCCGCCCGCCUUCCAGCUGGGAAUCGCCUACCACCAUUCGGGCCUCACAUUCGACGAGCGCAAACUGAUCGAGGACGGCUUCCGCACCGGAAUCCUGUCCUGUAUCAUCUGCACUUCCACUUUGGCAGCCGGAGUGAACCUUCCCGCCAAACGGGUUAUCAUCCGUUCACCGUUCAUAGCCAGUAACUUCCUGUCGCUCAGUCGCUACAAACAGAUGGUUGGCCGGGCAGGUCGAGCUGGAUUUGGCGAUGAAACAGGCGGAGAUAGCAUUUUGAUCUGCGCUCCCAAGGAUAUUAGGGCCGUUUGUGACUUGCUGUGCUCUCCGAUGGAUGAGGCCAACUCAUCGCUCCAUGUGGACGAUUUUAUUAGUUUAAAAAAUCUCAUUCUAAGCUCGGUGGGACUGGGAAUCUGUGCCACCAGGAAUGAUAUACAGAAAUUUGUGCGGAGGACUCUGUUGGCCAUUCAAGCGGGACGUUUGGGAGUGAACUUUGCCAGAGCUACUGAUCAGGCAAUUCAAACGCUGUACCGCGAAAAUGCCAUCAAAGCAAGGAAUGAUGGUUGUACGCGAAAUCCGGCCAAUAUGACUAUUCGAAUCGAUGGCUCGGAUGAUAGCCAACUGGAGCUGGAAGGAACUCAAACAGACACUUUGAAUGUUAUCCCUGGGGCAAAGGGUUCUUCUCAGGAAGGUAGGGUGGUAAAAAUGUUGAAGAAAACCUCCCGAUUGGAAGUGAACCGACUGGGGAAAGCGGCCAUCCGUGCAGGAUUUCACAUGGAAAAGGCAAUCCGAUUUUAUGACGAAUUAAAACGGGUUGGCGAACGGCUUAACGUUUUGGACGAACUACAUCUGCUCUACAUUGUGGUUUUAGAGGACGGUGGAGAAGUUCGACCCACAGAUUCAGAUUACGUUCUCUUUUUCGAUAAAAUUUCCAACGAGGACACGCUGAUCGCCAAAAGGUUUCAUAUCGGUGAUUUUACGAUCUCCAAAAUUCUGAGUCGUCGUACGGUACCGGCGGACAUUCAACCUACUAUUCGACGGUUCUACCGGGUGCUGAUGGUGUACGACUUGUGGAAUCUACGGGCCCCACAGCAGGUGGCCCUAAAGUACAAAGUCGACGCCGGUUCAAUCCAGACCCUGAUGAGCAACACCGCAUCAACGGCUGCCUGUUUGCAUCGGAUGUGUGAAGAGCUACCGGAACUGUGGGCCUUCCGGCAACUUUUCGCUAUUCUGGUCCCCAGGCUGGCUCACUGUUGUACCGCUGAAUUGGUUCCGUUGAUGGAACUUCCGGCUGUGAAAAUUGGUCGAGCGAGACAACUCUUUCGAGCAGGUUUCACAUCGAUCACCUCGAUUGCCAAAGCGAAAUCCCGGGAUCUGGUGGAAUCGGUUGAGCAUAUGAACUAUCGGACGGCCAAUCAGUUGAUUCUGAGUGCAAAGGCCAAACUGAUGGAAGAGAUGGAAGCGCUGAAGGAUCAAGCCAACGAAUAUCUUCAAGUGUUAGAGGAUCGUUGAUAUUGGAAAUUUCAGGUAUGUUGUACAUAGAUUUUUCAUUGUUAAUUCAUCAUUCUUAGUCAAUUAUUUAAAAUUAAAAUUAUGAAGCAUUGCUACGGUGAAUUAAAAAAAAACAAUAUGUAAUGGAACUUUCUCAAUGCCUUAUUUCAUAGAUUGUUAUAGCGUGGUUGUUCAUCUUAUGUUAACUAAUAAUGAUUAGAAAAUUGAGUUGAAUAAAUUUUAAACAAAUUA